CAAAGUCAUCCAAUCACAAAAAAAUCUGAAAGGGGAUUUUUGAUGUAUCUAGGCUCAGAUGGUGGCUCUUAGCACCGGUUAGUUGGUCCAGAUGUCGGAGGACCAGCACCAUCAGCGGGCAGAAGCCCCCCAACACGGGGAGAGCUGUCUGGAGGCAGGGGAGGGCGACACUGAGCCCAGUAUGCUCCUGCAAAAACUUAAAAGCAACAUUUCUAAGAAUGUUCAGUCCAAAGUGGAUCAGAUCCUGCAAGAUGUUCAACGUUUUUCUGACAAUGACAAGCUGUACCUGUACCUCCAGCUACCCUCAGGACCCAGCUCUGGGGACAAAAGCAGCGACUCCAGUUCCUUCAACACAGCCGACCAGCUUCACACCUGUAACUGGAUCCGCAGUCACCUGGAGGAGCAUUCGGACACCUGUCUGCCCAAACAGGACGUCUAUGAAACAUACAAGAGAUACUGCGAGAACCUGCAGCAUCGUCCCUUGAGUGCUGCCAACUUUGGGAAGAUCAUUAGAGACAUUUUCCCUAACAUCAAGGCGAGACGACUCGGAGGCAGAGGACAGUCCAAGUACUGUUAUAGUGGCAUCAGGAGGAAGACGGUUCUCAACAUGCCUUUGCUGCCCAACUUGGACCUGAAGAAUGACCCAUCUGAGCUGACUGAACUGGUCCAGACCUACAAACAGGAAGUAACAGAGGCGGCGUGUGAGCUGAUCUGUAAUUGGGCGGAGAAGAUCCUGAAGCGUUCAUUUGACACAGUGGUGGAGAUCGCUCGGUACCUGAUCCAGGAGCACAUUGUCAACCCUCGCUGCAGCCAGGCUGAGCUGGUGACCUCUGCAGCGCUCGCAGGAGGUCCAGCUAAAACCCACAAAGUCAUUAAGAAAACUCCUGUGAUCUCGAAACCUGAUGGUGACGGAGCUGCAGAUCUGAAGAAGGACUCAGGGGACUCAUCCUCACUGAAGCUUCUGUCUGGAGACAAAUCAGCUGCAGCAACCAAACCUUCAUCAAUAGAUACUCCUCCUCCUUCCUCUACCUCUUCCUCUUCCUCUUCUCUGCGUCCAGCGAUGCAGGCGUUCAUGAAGCAGUUACCCAGAAUCCUCCCUCGCAGCUCCAUUCCUGAUAAGACCCUCUCUGUCCGCUCCUCUCCACCGUCCUUGGCUCCCAAAGAUGCAUCUGGUGUUGGAGGAGCAUCUGGACAUGGAGGGCCCACUGCUGCUGCCGCUGCUGCCAGCAGUGGUGGGGUGAAAGUCAUUGCCAUGGCGACGCUUCCCCAGCAGCAGGGUGGGCCUGUCCCUGUGGUGAUCCUGCCUCAGGGCUGUUUGCCUUAUGAAAGAGAGAAAGUUGCACCACCUCCUCCUCUUCCUUCUCAGCAGCAACACACUCCAGCAGCCCCCACUUCUGUGGUCCAGAAACCACAAACAAGUGGCACCAAGCGCUCCCUGGAGGGGGUGACGUCAGGUGGUGCUGUUGGUGUGUCUGGUGGCUCUGCCAGCAACACUCCUCUGGUGAAACGGAAACGCGGAAGACCAAGAAAACCUCGUCCAGAGGAUUCUCUUCCUACUUCUCCUGUAGCUCCUCAGCCUCUCCCUUCUGCUCCUCCCUCACAACCUCCAAUCAUCACCUCCCUCACCGGCGGCGUCAUUCAGAAAGCUUCUUCUUCCACGUCAUCUUCGUCACAGCCGGUGCUGGAGCUGGUUAUCCAGGAACAGCCAGGGCUGGUUCUGAGCCAGCUGCCGGCCGUGUCAGACAUGGGUCACCGGCUGGUGGACCAACGCGGGGUGGUGGUCCAGUGUCAGCCAGGUGGGACGACAGAGCCGGAUCAUCAUAGCAGACCGCUGCUCCUGUUCCAGAGUCCGGGGAACUCCAGCUGGGAGCUGACACCCUCAGGACGGACCCCGAUGGUUGAAGUCAUCCAAAAAGCUCCAAGACCGAGCAAUAACAACAGCAGCAUCGCUCAUCCUGCAGCACAUCACCCGCCUCCUCUUCCCCUGCCCACACUGCAUGAGGAACGAGGUGAGGUGGAGAUAACGCUGACGCCAGUGGAACUGCACGUCAGCCCGCCGCCUCCAUCCACCUCCUCUGCCGCUCCUGCCUCCUCUUCCUCUGACUCCUCCAACACAGAUGUGAAGCUCGGGGAGAAAGGAGAAGAGAUAAGCACACCCCCGAAAAGAGAGGGACAUUAGCUCUCAUCAUCCUCCUCGUCUUUUUUUUUUAAUCAUCCUCUCUCACACAGCUUUUACCUCACUUGCUAAAAAUCCCCUCCCCUCUAUCAGUCCUCCUCCCCACUGGUGGAAAUCCCAGAUUGGCAGCAGCAGAGAGUCAAUCAAGCAGGAUAAAUGAAGCCGAAACAUCCACACGCUGUCCUUUCAUUGGCUCCAGUGCACUUGUAAACUGACUGAACGCUGUUAGAAACGUACAAAUCUUUUAACUGCAUGUGUGUCUGUGUAACCUGUGGAAAGCAGAACCACUCCUCUUUCCUUAUUCUCUUUCCUACUUCCUUCCUUCCUCCCUUUCUCGCUUUCUUGUAUCCUCUAAAAGUUUUCUGUGCUGAGGUCUGGUCGUCUGCUGCUUUACUUCAUAAAAAAAAAAAAAAAAACUUACAAAAAGAAGAGAUUCAUGCAAAGGAGGGAGAGAAGUUGCAAAAAAAAGGAAGAGGGGAAGAAGACGUGAAUGAAGCCCAGGAUGGAGUCGAUGAAUACAGUAGGUACUUACGGGUUAGGGCCUUUUAAAGGUUCUCUGUACUAAACAAACAACCUCUUCAAGUGAGCCCAGCCUCGAUUCUGCCAGAAAUACAGCCGUUCUUAAUCCUUCAGAAGUUAAUCAACUAGAAGGUUGUUGGUUGGGGAAUAAAAUUAAAUUGAGUGAAGAGAAUUUAAACGAUAAAGUGCUGAAUGUGAAUCGAAGCUUGGCUCUACUCUCCUCUUGUUGCUUUGUUUUAAAACGGUUUGUUUUUAUUUUAUAUCUGUGUGGGUUUUGCACUUAUUGUUGAUUGAGCUCAUUUGAGAGGGAAAGAACGAACAUUUUCAAUUACUCAUCACCCACAAUAUUGUAUAAAAUAAGUGGUUUUAUAUCAAAUUUUAGAUGUUUAAAUCAAAUGAAUUAUUUCAGGUUUAUUUAUCUUAAAACUACUAAACAAUUUCAGUACGAUUCAUUAAAUGAAUUAAAUUAUUUAAGAUUGACUCUAAAACAACAAAAACUCUGCUGUCUGAAUAGUAACUUAAACAAUUGGCUGGAUUUUAUUGAUUCAAGAAUCAAUUCUAAACCAAAUACCUGGUUUCCCAAAGCAUCCUUGUCUCAUGACAGUAUAAAAAUAAAACACCCGUGUUGUGCCAUUAGAAUGCAAUUUCUGUUUUGCAUGGUGCAUAACAUGCCACUCUGCAGAAAUAAUAUGAUGUCAUUUAGUUUAUGCUUUAAACCAACAUACUGGCAGUGUAGUGGCAGAAAAUGACUUGCAAAUGUCCACUACUACUACUACUUUUAAAAAUGAAGUUAAGUCAGCACAAAGUCGACAGACUGGGAUUAAACUGCGAGCUUGAUUUUGUCCAGAUGUUACAAAACCAUCAACCAUUAAUUUUAAAGCUUAAAUAUUAAAAAUGAACUCCUUUAGUUAUUUAAACUGUUCAAUGUGUAACAAGCUGUAUUUUUUUAAUCAGUUACUGUUUUGGUAUGUUUAAAAAAAUUUUUUUAAAGCAAUGUGAUGCACCUCUUGUGUUAAAUCAGGCAAAUCAAGAGCUAAAAAAAGAUAUUUGAAAUCUGACGAUGUGUUUGACAUCAGUGCUAGAAAAACAGAUCAAGCCAACACCAGAGAAGUUUCAAGAUAUGAUGUCCAGUCCAAAUGAUCCCAGCUAGACCCGACUUUAAGUUUUAAAAGAAAGGUGCCAAAAUGCUUCAUUCACACUAAACAGCUUGCUAAGAUAAAAUAAACUAUGAAACCCGACAUGAACCAGGUCAGUCACAGAAGGGCAGUAGCAGAUCUGAAUUAAGUGUUAAGAUAAUGUUUCAGCUUGGGCACUUGGAACAAAGCACAAAGACACAAGCACUAAUACAUUAAGAUGCAGUAAAAAAUAUUGCUGAGACAUACAGUAUUUGUAUAGAAUUAGCUAAUAGACCACAAUGAAACUUAUAGCUGGAUUAGUUCUUGUUCUAUGAUGCGCCCUUUGCACUAACUUUAGCCACGUCUUUGAACUCAUCACUGCAGCUCAAUCUUGAUCAGCAAUGUGACACAGCCAUGUUUGUUUCUGAUUUCUAUCACUGACUUCAGCCAUCUCAUGCUUAUUUCAAAGGCAUUUUUCAGACACAAAAUUGAGUUUAAAGUUCACAGAGCUCAGUGUAUUCUCCAAACAGUACAGAAAGCUGAAAAGCAGUAGUUCUUGUACACCAUAAAAUCAAGUACUGCUAUCAAAUGUUCUGGUGGUUAAAUAAAAUGAAUGAAAAUCACGUUACAACAUAUUUUUUAGAAAGUACUUUUUGUUUCAGACUUUCAGAUUUUACAACUUUAAGUCUAAACUUUGUUUAAAAUUACAACAACUUUUUCUAUUUACUUGAAUGAAAAAGAAAAAAAAGAAUCCCACCCUACCUUAUUUGUCAAUAUCUGGAGGAGAAUUUGGACCCCCUGUUGUCAUGGAAAUGCCUCAUUGCUGACACACUGCUCUUUUUUUCCUCUCCAGAGAGCUUCUCGCAGUGAGAGCGUCUUCUUCAUUGUGCAGGGCUUGACCUUGCUGUCUCUCCUUGCCAUUUUCCAUCUUGUGAUCAGAUUUUUUUUAAAAAAAAGAAAAAAAAAUGAAAACAUAUUUGUUGAUUUUUGAUUUGAGAUGUGAAAGCAGCUGAGUGUAUGUCCUUGUUUCUCCUCCAUUCUGCUGUAACAAAAUCUUAAGGUCAGUUUAAGAGACCCUAAAAACAUUUUAGACUGUUAAAAUUGUAAAUUUUUCAUUAUGGUAAAGUGAGUUUAAGCCCUGUUGGAAAAUGAGAAGUGACAUGCAGCACAGGAGCAUCACCAAUGCUACGUUUUGUUCGCUCACAUCGGUUUUAGUGGAGUGCUAACCUGUUCGAUUAAAGCGCCCCGGUGUCCCUUUAAUAGCUGAGCCUCGGCCCUUUUCAGACAGAACUGAGACAAAUGUUGCACUGUUGAAAGUUAAAAGAAGUCGUCUAUGUAUGUUAUGAAUUUAUCAGUCUGAGAAAAUGCAUUAUAAAAAGUAUAUAUCAGUAAUGUAACAUUUAGCUUUAUGCUUGCACCCUGCUACAAGCCAAAAGCUGUCGACUGUUUUUAUAGCAAAAAAUUUGGUUAGAAUAAUAAUCUUGUUUACAGUAUACUGUGUUCAGUAGAAAAUCUAGCAGUAAUAAUAGAGGGAAUACACUCUUUUAUUAUUAAAGUUUUAUUAGCUGAAGUGUUUUGAAGGGAGAACGUUGGAUUAGUAAAACAAAGAAACAUUUCACUUGCAACACGGAGGUAUAAAUGCUUCUCAGUGUGCUUCCAGUGAACGGGUCUGUAAAAAAUGCUUAAAUGAUAUCUGGAGGUGCUAACUCCAGUCACAUGCCCUGAACUUUGGUCUGAAUUAGUCCAGGAGCAGCUAAUCACCGUCAUGGUUGUUGGAAAACAUGAGACUCGGGUGUUUUUUUUUUUUUUUUUUUUUAGAACUGCAUGGUGAUCAUCUCUGAUGUUGGGUAGAUGGUCAUAGUUUCUGCUCGGUGACACCAGUGUUUUGUUUCAACUUGAUGGUCAGGUUCUGAGUCAAUUUAUUCUUCGUUCUGACUUGGAACUUGUAUGAAGGAUUUGAGACUUUAUAACCUGAGUCUAGAUUUUCAGACCUUUUGUUUGGGACUUGUUGGUCUUGGCUGAGGACCUGAUCAGCUCAGAGGUCCUGACUUGUCUGACUUGGCCAAAUUAAAAUUGAAUUUGGAGCACCUUAUCAGACUUAAUCUCUUUCCUGACUUCAGACUUGUUUGUCUUUAUUUGAACCAGGGACAGAUAAUCUGAAAAACACUUCUGUGUUCUGAAUGCUUCUGAACUCCUUGUGGAAAAUUGCCUGUUGUCCCAACAAUUUCCUCCAUUCAGUCUCAACUCUGCUCCUUCUUACUUUUCAGCACACUAUGAAUUCCAGCCUCCUAACCACAGUGAUGGUGGCCGAUGAUCAUCAUCUCAGACCUGAUCUCAAAGUGAAAUGUUGCUUUUGGAAAUCUAAUCUUGUAAAAUAUUCCAACUGAAACAUGAGGUUAUGCAGCAUCUGUUUCCCUCUGCAGGACCUACUGGGCCAAUCUGGCCAAACUGAAAAACCUGCAGUAGCUCUAAAUGGGUCUUAAAAUGCAAAGUGGAAGUCAGCUGGCACAAAAAUCCAGUUUGAACCAUUUGUGGGCAUUUCUGUUUGGUACAAACUGUGUUAGGAGUAGUGGAGUGUUUCUUAAAGUUAAUUUGAGGGCUUGGAGAAAGUCAGCAUGAAAAUCCCAGGUCGACUUAGUGUGAACACUUAUCUGGAAAACUUUGGUUGUGAACAUUUAAGACUCAUAGUGUUGGGGAAGUCGAUAUGGAGGCAUCAGAUAAGUUGUUGGGUCUUUGAUUGGCGUCACUGUGAUGAGCAGAUAUGUGAAAUUUCCUGAACGUUGAGACAUGAAACUGGUUUUUUAAAUUGUUUUAAACGACUGCAUGUAGAUUUUCUGUGAUAAUUUGAUUGAUUGAUUGAAGUGUUUAUUUCAAAUAUAAUUUAGAAUAUACAAAGAUUAUAUAUUUUCUUUGGAUAUUUGGAAGAAGCUUGAAAGAUCAACACACUGUAAAUCAGGAUCCAAAAGACUUUGAAGUCAGUGGUGAAGGAAGCCCCAGUUUGGCAAAGACACUGGACAAACUGGAGAUGUUUAGUACUCAGAAGUGAGAAAAAGUCCAACUUGAAAGGCUGAGAUCCAAAGAGAGCUCUAAUAGUUAAUUCAGAAUAAGCCUCUGGGAACCUCUAAAGUGGCCCAGUUUGGGCCUGCAUUGGGAAACAAGACCUGACAGCAGAGUCCUUAGUUGGAAACUUUCACUGUGGAGCUUUGUUGCUCAAAUAAACAAACCAGAAACGGGUCAGAUAAUCAAAGAUAAAUGGAUCGGGAUUCGGGUAGCAGUGUGUUGAUGCUCAAGGAUCAGACAAAAUCAAACAACCCUCUCUGAUGUCACUUCCUGUCCAUAAUAUGUGGAUCAGAAGAAGAAUGUUUUUUAACUUUACACUGUAUGAAAAAGACGGAAAUAUAUUCUUAAAUAUUAAGUUUGAAGUGAGACACAGCUACUUCAGAGUUUCUUAAAUUAAACUUUACUGAAAAGAUUUUUUUAUUCCUGAAAACCAGGCUGUGCCUGAGGAUCAACUGGGUUUACAAAAACUAUACACUGAUACCAACCAGGGCACCUUCUGAGUAGAUAGUGGAGAAGUUUAGGUGAAUAAUAGAAAAAAAAUCUAAAUUAUUAUUUAAUUUAAAGAUCUGUGUAAUGACAAAAAUCUUAUUUAUAAAGAACUUCCUAGAGAACUUAAUUAACAGAUGGUAGAGCUGAUAAAAACGGUGUGAAUGCUCACAGUUUAGAGUAGAAAUGAUAAACUGGAGCUACACCUAAGAGUAAAGGUGAUGGUAUGACGAGACGUUUGUUUGAGCGAGCUGAUCCUGCUCAACCCUGCAGUAACGUGAUGAUGGCGAGCGCUCAGUCUGACAUCACAGUAGCUUUGUUUGCUGUCAGAAACCCACUCAAGGUUUUUAUUCAUUUAGAUCCUGAAUAUUCCUGAAAAACUAUUUCCCUCCCUGAGUGAAGCCUUGCAGGUGCAGCUGCCUCUCAGGCUCAGGAAUUCUGGGUAACGUAGUCCUCAGCAGAACUUGAGUGGGAUUUCGACAUCGAGCAGCUUUUUGCUGCUGUUUUCUGUCCUCUCUGCAAAAACAAGGAAAUGUCUGUGUUUUCAUAAAUCUGUUGUUUAUUGUUCUGUUGUCUGUCAUUGGUUCUGCUUAUUGCCGUGUGUCUUUGAUGUUUAUUACAAUUGUACAGCUUGUUGAUGUGCAGUUUUUUCUUCCUCUAAUUGUUGAUACAACUCUUUUCAGCUAUGUUUUAUUCAUGGGGGAUGCUGUCGGCUUCCUGCAUGGUUUUCAUGUGGUUGUUUGGUUUUCUAUAUUCUCACCUGUAAAUGUUUGUUUUGCUUUAUCUGUAACCUGCUGGCUUUGUUUAGUUUUUCUUGUUUUGCACUUUAAUUCUAAAGUUCCUGAUUAAAGAUGGGAGGUGGGGAAAUAAUAAUUUGGUUCAUUUUUGGUUUGGAGAUGACGGUAAUCAGUGAAAUGCAACUUUACUUUGCGCUGUUAGUUUUGUUUGUUGGUUUUUGUUUGUUGUGAAGAAAAAUGAAGCGAUGGAGGACAGAAGCCAGAACAUUAAUGUGAAUCUAUUUUCCUACAUUGAUGGAAUAAAAGACGUGAUGUUCA